GACAGUAGUGACCCAGUGCCUGCCCAGACUGGUCCUGCCUUGCCAAACGGCUCUGAGGCUGACAGCUGCUCUCAGAGGAGGAUGAGCACUGAGGAAUAAGCUGCGCACUGUGAGUGAGUUUCUAAAGGAAGAAGAGGAGGGAUAAACGCUGCUGUGACUUUAUAAUAGAGGAAGAGGGAGAGGAACAAUGUCUUAGAGGAGGAGGAGUUGUUUGGACUGAAGUGAACGGCCUACUGGGCCACAAAACACAGCCCGGGUUUCGCUUGCUGCUGCACGGAGUCACGGUCGGAGCAAUUUCUGAAGGAAGCCGCUGGAGAGCUUUUUCAAAAUGCAAACAUCUGCACGGGACAACAGUUAAGCUGCGAGCUCGAGCUUUCUGCUGCAGCAUCCGAGAAGGACCCGCGUGCGUGCGUGCAUGAGAGAGUGUGUGUGUGCACGCGUGGGUGCGUGUUUGUGUGUGUCACUAUGAGUCUCGUCUCGGGCUUCCCUCACCACCCGGUCAUGCACCACCACGACAGCCACCACUAUUCCCUGCACGCGGCGGCGGCCGGUCGGUGUCACGAGGACACCGGGGCUCCUCCGUACUUCACGAGCUGGCUGAUAAGUCACGCGGAUAUGUCUCCAACCGAGUACAGCCUCGCGCCGGGCUACAGCCCAGAGUACCAUGGCAACAGCGGCGGCAGCUCCACAGGCGGCCUGGACCCGCACCAUCACCACCACCACCACCACUACGGACCCGGCGGCUUGGUCCCGGGAGCCGGAAGCAUCUCUGUGAACGGAGCCACGGUCGGUAUGCACCACCACCACCACACACACCCCCGGCCCGUGAAGCGGAGACCCACGGCCAACCGUAAGGAGCGGCGGCGGACCCAGAGCAUCAACUCGGCCUUUGCGGAGCUGAGGGAGUGUAUCCCCAAUGUACCGGCCGACACUAAGCUGUCCAAGAUAAAGACGCUACGGCUGGCCACCAGCUACAUCUCCUACCUGAUGGACAUCCUGGACAAGGACGGACAGCACGGAGACACGCAGGCUUUCAAGGCCGAGCUGAAGAAAACGGAGGCCCGGGAGGAGAGGAGGAAGAGAGAGGCGGUGGAGAUCCCUAAGACAACAUCAUCAUCAUCCUCAUCGUCAUCCUCAUCGACAGCGGGCGAUAAGAAGAGUAAAGGACGGACAGGAUGGCCUCAACAUGUCUGGGCUCUGGAACUCAAACAGUAGCGCCUCCUUCUCUCCCUCCUGACAGCGCCCUGUCCCUCCUCCAGCUCCGUCCUCAGGGGGUGACGGGACAGUAAUGACGCGCUCUGGUGAACUGUACCAGCGCUCAUCGUCACCUCUCUGGACCUCUACGCUGUUCACGGUGGACUGGUCACUGUGCUGCGUGUGUAGGCCUCCGCUCACUUUGGUGAGACACGAAGAAAGUUGGAGUUUCUCAGCGGACAUAACUUCAGAUUUACAACUCCCCCACCGCCACCUUUCAUCAGCGAUCUGCGGUUUGGUUCUCUGUGCAGGUUUGACCCUGAACCUGAAUUUCCUCCCUAAAAUUGUACCCCGAGAAAAAAACCCUCAUGAAAAUAUUAAACAUGGCCUUUUAAAUGAGUUUUAGUGUCGAUUUUAACCAUUUAAGACCAGGACUAAAAUCAGUUUUCUUAUGCUGCGUUCAGGCGCCUUCUACAAGCAUUUAAACCUCUGAAACCUGAGAC